UUCCCACAUCUCGUCUGUGUUAUUUGACAUUUCGUCAUAAAGCGACAGUCGUGUUGUAAAAAGUUUUUAAUCAUAAACAAAAACAUAAAAGGUUACUUUUUCGGUAAAGGAAACAAAAAUAUUAUUCCAAUUUUAUGCGUGAAAAUAGUGAAUAUAAAUAUUGACGUAUUUAAAAUAAAAUUAUUUUUAAACAGUGGCCAGUAAAUAUUUAAAACUAAUACAGGUGUUUAUUGAUUUUUGUGUUUAUGUGGAUUUUUUUCCUUAAAAUUUGUGCCGAUAUGGUGUCUGAAUGAUUUCGUCUUGCAUAUAAAAAAGACCACGCCAGAUGUCCAGCUACGGCAGCAUGUCACCAUCAGACGAGUGCUUCGAGCGAUAUGAGCCGCCAUUCUACUGUCAGCCGUCGCACCAAGGCAGCCCAAUGGAUGGGGGAGUGUACUGGCCGGCCACGAACGCGGAUGGUCAAGAGUUCGAUUCUCAAGACGUAUAUCACGACAACACUCAUUAUAUAGGACGAAAUUAUGGUUACGAAGAGAUGCAAAUAACGAGUAACGAGGCAUUCGACGCGUAUCAUCAUCCUUUACACCACACGUAUGGGCAGAACAGUGCUGGACUCGACUGCGACAUGCAAGCACUCCCUCUACGCUACGACCGCCCCGCGCCGCCCUCCUUCAUCAGAGUAGCUAAACGAAGAACCACAGCCAACAAGAAGGAGAGAAGACGGACUCAGAGUAUAAACACUGCUUUCUCAGAUCUCAGAGAAUGUAUACCUAAUGUGCCGCCGGAUACGAAGUUGUCUAAGAUGGUGAGGAAACGUUCCCAGAGCAUCAACACGGCGUUCUCUAAGUUACGCCAGCACAUACCCCAUGUGCUGCCUGACACUAAGAUGACCAAGAUCAAAACGCUUCGGUUGGCGACCUCCUACAUCUCGUACUUGCUGAAGGUCCUGGAGACGGAUGGAGAGCCCGCGGGAGGGUUCAGAGCCGACCUGCACCACACCCCUCCGAGGAGAAGACCCGCUGAUGCUCAGCAAAGUUCAGCAGAGAAACGGGGGAAAGGAAGAACCGGCUGGCCGCAACAUGUUUGGGCAUUAGAACUGAAGACCGAGCAAAACCUUCAAACAUAACCUCACAGUGAUUUGAAAACAUUCAGGCCCUUUUUCUCUAUGACAAUCGUAAGAGUCGCGUCAGGUUAUAUUUGUGAAAACUUACAAUAUUUAUUGAAAUUAUACUCAAUGCGAUAUAACUCAAUAAAAUAAUGAACUAUUUCAAAAUUAUUAAUUUGUGGCAGACGUCGGAAAACUAAUUUUUGUUUGCUAUCUUUUAUUUUGAAGUUGUUAUAAAUUGAGCUUAUUAAAGAUAGGUAAAUGAAACCUAUAAUAUGAAAAAAAAGGGAAAAAACUAAAAAUUCGCAAACAGGAAUUGGUUGUUUUUUUCCCACAAAUUGGCAGUUUUGGAAUGGGUCAUUAUUUUAUUAAGAGUGCGAAUUAAUAUCCACGGUUGAAGGAUAAUUGACUUAGCGACUUUUUUUUCGAAAAAUUUCAUUUAGCUUAAAAAAACAGAAAAAGAGCUGAUUUAUUUAUGUAUGAAAGUUAGUUUCGCAAAAAAAUUUCGCUUAAAUCAAUUAGCUUACAACCGACGAUAGCUUUGCGUGAAAUAAUGUUUCUGGGAUAAAUAAUACUCUAAAAGACAAUUACGCCUGUUGGAUAUACACAGGCUGAUCCCGGAACGCGAUAAAUACUGACAAAAUAACGCGUGGCAUAGAGAAUCAAGGCCCAAGUAGUCAAUUGCAUUCAAUAGUCAGUGUAGAAAUAUACAGGGUCAUUUUGACGUUGUGUUACUAAAUGAAACCACAUACGAUUCACCCUCGCUGACAUUGUGCCAAAAAUAAUACAUUAAUAACUAAUAUUUGACGAAAAAUCAAGGUUUUAGUGUUUUGAUUUUUUCGUCAUUUUGUAGUUUAAUGCUAAUAUGGCGUUUGCGUGUAUUUCUGACUGAAAGUAUGAUGUCGCUGCGACGAAUUCUCUUAAAGUAGAAGUAGUGGCAUUAGGGCGCGUAAAAUUAAAAUUACUUUUUAUUAAUAUUAAGCGGCGAUAGCCUAGUUGGAUGUGGAACGGUCUGCCAAGACGAA